AAAAGAUAUUCUGGAAAUCUCUGGAAAAUUGUAAACUGUCAGAUAAUCCGCAGCUAACCUGAAACAAUUGUCAAAUCAUGCUGCCGUUUAUCAGAGACAUCCUAAUUCUCACAAUAAUGACGAUGAGGAGAUAAUGAUUGUUUUAAUUAUUGAAAUAAUUGAAUGAACUAUUGUUUCCCACAAUGAAGGAAGAUAUGGAGUCCAGUGGUAGCGAUGAAUUGUCAGCGGUGAUAGGAGCCCUUCUGGACUCCCUCGAAGACCGAUCCCCAGCUGCCCAAUCCUCGAUCCUCUCAGCCCUCCGGAGUAUUUCCCAUCACUCACCCUCGACCCUCAUCCACGCAGCAGUUUAUUUCCUGGAGCUCCAUCGCAAGCUGCCACAGGUACACACUUCGUCGGUUCUUCGCACAAUGUCAGAAACCCUUCGUGAUUCGUCCUCACCCCUGGCUGAGGACCUGGCGACCUCCGUCGCUGAAUUAUCAGUGUCACAUCUGACUCAGGAAUCAGAACAAGAGUCCUCGGAGCUGCUCGUCUCCCUGAGUCGUCUCCACUGCACGCAAUCGAUGGGAGGUCUUCUGUCGAAAUUCCAACCGAGUCUCAUUCCACCUCCCCCAGUUGUAAGGGCAAUGGGUCUCAUUGCCUCCUGCAAUCCCUUCGGAAUGGUUCCCUUCAUCAAGCUCACCCUCUCGAUAGUCCUUCCCCUUCUUCCCCAGGUCCACGAGGACACGCAGAAGCUCGCCUUCUGCUUUCUCCUUGGUAAAUUUGCAGAGGCCAUCAACGAUUACAUUAUGAAUCUCGAUGAGGCCCCAGAUCCCGCCAUCUCCAAGGACAGCUUCACCGAGGAGAUGUCCAAGUCCUUUGAUAUUCUCACGAACAACUGGAUGAAGACCUCGAGAAACGUGAAACUCCUGGAGGCGAGUGUCAGUGCUCUUUGUCCGAUUUUGUCACUCCUCCCUGAGCAGAAUUGUGGACAGAGAGCUGUCAAAUUAAUUCCAAUGCUUCUCCAGCUCUGCAAGUACCCGAAUUGUCGACUGGCAGGAGCAAGAGCCAUCGCGAUAUUACUGAAUAACACAUUAGAGGAGAACAGAGAGGCCCUAAGGCCCUUCCUCGAGCAACUGCAGACGAUUCUCUUUGAUCUCGUCAAUGUUACACCUUUUGAGGCAUUCAGGGACGCACUACUGACUCAUUACGAGGUCCUUCAGUGCUUCAGGAGUCUGGUCGUCCUGUACCCUGAGGAGGGACUUGACAGGAUACUCCAGCACUUGAAGAAUCCAUCGGGGACUUAUCGGGCUCGAUCCCUAGUCGUCCUGAGGCAUUUGAUCAAUACUCUGCCAUCGGAUGAUGACGCGUCCCUCCAGAGAAUUGCCCUGAGUCUUCAGAAUUCACUGAGUGACGGCAAUGCAAAGCAGAUGGUCGGAGCUAUCGUAGCCCUGGCUGCCCACCAAACUCUUCCCCUCCUGCCCUCACAGAGAGCCACUUUCAUCAGGUACCUUGUCAUCAGGUGUGGAGCCUCUAGUGAGGAGCCACAGGCCUACGAGGAGGCCUUGUUUCUCCUCGCAACAACUGUUGAUGGGGCUGAGACGUGGCUGUGGCCUGCACUCCUGAGAUCCCUCCUGGACUCCACAUUCUCAGCCUCAGCUGUACCAAUUCUCAGAUCAUUGUCAGCCCUAGCUGUGAAAAUCAUACGAGCGGACUCGGGGAAUCCCUUCAAGGAGUUCUCUGGAACGAAGAUCCUGGCGAAAUGCUUGGAGCUGUGUGGCGACGAGAAGAAUCGAUUGGCUGUUGUCAUAUUCUUGAGAUCCUCUGCACCAUUACUUGGACAUCAGUUGAAGCCAGAGUGGGAUGGUCGACUCCUGGAUAUCUCCAGACUCCUGGAGGACGAGGAAGGACCCCAGAAUCAUCAAACCAAGUUGAUUAUUUGGGAGGAGCAGAUGGUGGAGUUUUUGGAGAAAUCUGUGGAUCUCGAGGGAAAGGAGUGGGCAUCGAAAUUGUCGAAGGAGUUGAUCCUGGAGUGCUCUCCCAAGGUGGCCGCCUAUCUGGCAGCAGUCACUGAGGAGCCAGAGCACUUGACACUGUUAAUUCAUUCCGCCAGAUCUCAACCAUUUGUUGAUGAGUAUCCAAGAUCCAUCGGUAUCGCUUCCAAGAGGCAUCUCUCAGUGAUUCUCUCCCUGAUGGAGGCUGCCUGCGAGGUAGAGGACUCUCGAAAGCACCCAACACGUCUCCUAGGACUCGUUCGUGACAGCAAAGCUGCUGCCUCUGCAGAAGCCUCGAAAGCCGCUCUCCUGAGAUGCUACGCAGAGAUCAGUAAGAGAUCUGAUUCUCUCAUUCUAUUCCCCCACAUCGAACGGCACAUUCUCCCCUGGAUCAUCAAACACCUGAACGACUCCAGAGAAACGACCACAAAGGAGGCCGGCCUGAUCGCCCUGGAGCAGGUUGGAGGGGCAGUUCAUCCAAAUCGUCUGGCAAAUUCUUCAGGAUUGAAAGCCAGAGCCAGUUGUCUAGCGUCUCUACUCAAUCUUCUGCAGUCACACAGUGGGUAUCGACCUCUGCAGAUAUAUCCAAAUCUCCUCGACGCCAUGAUCUCCCUCCUGAGGAUACCACCGGCCCUCAACCCUGAGGAGAGAUUCGUCCUCCUCAGCACAAUCCUCGAUAAAGUCAUUGGCGCAAGUUGUGAAGUUGAUCUUAUACUUCAGGUCGAAGGAAUGCAACGAGUCGUUGAUGGACUGGGUGUUAUCUGUGGUGAGGUCAUCGGUGACUCGGCAGAUGCUCUGGCAGAACUCGUUGACGUUCUCAUCCCCUGGAUGCAGUCCAAAUCAGCUAUCGAGAGACGAAUGACUCUACUGGUUCUUCGGUACAGUUUGCGGUCAUAUCAUGAUUCAUUGAAGUACACUUAUCCCGGUGGUAAGCUGGAGCCUGGACGACUGCUUGGAAGGAUCCUGUCGUGGUCAGCUGAUGGAGAGAAAGUCCUCAGACCUCUGGUGGUGGACUGCGUUGCUCUGGCCCUCGGUAUCAACGCCAGACAUCGAUCCACUCUACCAGACAAUAAUCUCAAUCAGGAUUUAACCGAUUCCAAAAAGAUUCUCACGUCCGGUGAUGACAAUACGCUUUAUGAAGGUGUGAGGACAUUAGCCACUGCUGCUUGCGAGAGAAUCUCAUCUGGGGAAGUGCCCAGUCUCGCCGAGGGCCUCAUCGAGGGAUUAUUAUUUCGGGGAGAAAGUGUAGCAGCAGGAGUCUCUCUCAUUCAACUAUUCAAAACACGUGGAGCAGAUAUCCCUCGGUCUGACCUCUACCUCGUCGACAACAUCAUCACCCAGAUGAGACAGAUGGAGAACUCCAGCUGUCGACAGACCUCCGCCGAAGCCAUCAAAAUCCUGACUAUUCAUCAUCCAGAGGAAGUAUUCGAGCAUCUGCUGCAUCAACCGCUCCCUUUGGACCGAGGGACCGAAGAGUGUUGGAAAAAACUUGGAGUUGAUGAUUUUGGGAUCAGAACACUGGAUUUUCUUCUGAAUCGACUUGAGAAUAAUCAGCUGCUGGCGGAGUCAGCUGUUAGCAAAGAUGGAAGGCAUUCAUCGAUGAAUUUCACAGCUUCAUUUCCAUCACUGGCAGCUGUCGUAGCUCUUCGGCAUCUUCUGCAGUGCCCCAAUGCCGAGGAAUUGAUUGAAAAACGGCUGGCGGUGAUCCUGAGUGUCUUGUUGAAGUAUCUCGCUGGUUGGCUGCACGUGGACGCCCCUGUGUCUGUUAUAUCAACGAAAUUUGGUUUUGUACCGAACAGAGAGGCGUGCAAACUCGAUCCCCACGGGGAAGUCUACUCAGUCCUAACAAAUGUCUUGACUGUCGUGAAUAUUCACGUGGCAUCCAGUCUCUUGAAUGAAGUCUCCACAGCCUCUGAGAGCCAAGCCGACGAGAAUCUCGUAUCCACCGUGAGGUCAGUGAUACGAUGCCUCGGAAAUAAAAACGAACUACUGGCUAAUAUUGCUCAGACCCUGGGAAAGAUGAUCACCAGUCCCAUAUCUGCCCAGAGAGCAGUGGCUGCUGCUUUUUAUGCUGAAUUAAUUGGCAGAGUAGAUUGUGGAGAGGUUUGGCUGGAUGCUAUCAUCAAUACUCUGCAUGAGGCCAAGGCAGACUCCUCAGGGCUUGUGCGGAAGCUAGCGACCAUUGGACUCACUAGAAUAGCGUAUUUGGAGCAGAGACAGGUGGACGAAUACUUCGAUAAUUGCACAGGGGCUCUACUAGAGGGCCUGGAGGAGCCAUCCUCUGGGGAAGGGGGUCACGACGUUGUCCUUGAGUCUCUCAGAGGUCUCUCCCUUCUUCUUGGCAUGAGAACAGAGAAACCAGUGAGUCCCAGGGUUGUUUUAGCACUGAAACCUUUUGUGGAGAAGGAAAACUGGGAGAUAAGGCUUGCAGCUAUCUCUGCACUGGGGGCUCUGGUCAGAGGCUGGAUCAAGUCCAUUAGGGACCCUGAUGAUGACGUCAGUGAUCAUCUCCUGGGGUGUCUACCGUGCCUGACUAUUAAAAUUGAGGACAAUAAUUCUCUGGUGGCUAAAGCUGCCAGGGAGACUCUCUUCGAGGCUGCAAAUCUUCUCCAGAGUGAGGGGUUGGCUCAGGUGUUGAGGGGACAUCUGGCACCGGGGGUUCAGGUCAAUGUUGAGGGCUUUCUGAAGGAUUUGGUCGCCUGUUUGAUGGGCGAAUUGCCGCAGAGGGCUGAGGAAUUGAGAAAUGCUGUUGUCAGGGGCUACUCCAGGUCGGAGGUACAUUUUACCAGGGCCACAGCUGUUCUCAUCCUCGGGCUCUUUGGGAAACCCAGGGCUGAGGAUGUACAAAGAAUGCUCCAGUUGCUGAGGGACAAAGAGGGAGAAGUCAGAGCUAGGGCUGCUGAAGCUCUUGCUCUUGGAUUUACUAGUUAGUCAUCAGAAAUUAAUCACUGAAUCAAAAAUCAAUUUUAUUGUGUGCAAUAAUUUUCACUUUUACAAAUGAUUGAAAUAUUGAUAGCUUUAUUUUAUGUUAUUCCUUCCUGUUAUUAUUGUUAGUAAUUGAUCCAAGUGAUGAUGAUGUGUUUUGUUUUUAGGAACGAUUUAUAUUUGAAAAAUUGAUUAUUGGGGAAUGGGGUGGAUGUGAAGUUGUGGAUAAUGAAGUGUUUUUUAGAGAUUCUAUUUUGACUGAAUGAAUGCGAAUUGGUUGUAUUUUUCUAGCCGUGAAAGAAUAAAGACUGGAUUUUAGUAAUCAA